AUGGGUUCAGAAUUCAGCCCAAAAAUGCAUGUUAAAUCUCUGACCGCACAGCAAAUUGUUCGCAUGCAUCAGUUGUUCCGUCAAGCCAAAUUUGAUGAUCCCAGUGGCAAUUACAUUUACAUCAAUGGUGGUGUAGAUUUCGCACUAUGUCAGGUUUCUAUUUGUAAGACAAAAGAGCUACCAUCUACCUCCACAUGUGUGGUGGGGAGGGAUGCUUCUUUAAGUGCACAAGAAAUUUACUCUCCGGACUCAGUAGGCUCAAUUUUAUGGGUGGAGAAUACAAGGAAGGACCAUGCUUGUUGGGAGAGACCUGAGGACAUGGACACUCCAAGAAUCUUUAAAAGAAGCGACCCCACUUAUUCCAAGCUCCUUGCCAGAAGGGCAAUUAGGGUGUUUCAGUUUGCUGAUAAAUACAGAGGCGCAUACAGCAAUGGACUGAAACCAUAUGUCUGCACUUAUUAUUGGGAUUUUAGUUUUUCUUAG